GUCCUACCGUAUCGCGGGAUGUUGGAAGUCAGCUACAAGAUCUUCACCCAGUACCCCAGGGCCCUACCGAACCACAAGAUGUCGGACAUCAGCUACAGGAGCCUCACUCAGUAUCCCAAGGUCCUACCGAGCCGCGAGAUGUUGGACAUCAACUACAGGAGCCUCACUCAGUACCUCAAGAACCAGCUAAUCUACUAA